UAUAGUAAAGUCUUGACAAGAAAUGUUACCGGAAAAACAAGAAAAGAGGUGAGGUCCAAAAUACAAAGACGAACAUCUUUUUAAAGACAUUUUUUUUAUUAUUAAUUGUGCACUUUAUUACUAUAAAUUAAUUAUCAAAAGUUUCAGAUUAAAAUAUUGUGAAGCGAUUCUUUUAAACAAAAAAGACAAUUAGUGGUUCAUCGCUUGGAAUUUUGGCCCGUCACGCCAAAAUUUUGCCAAAGUAAAAAUAACUUUGCUUAUCGAGAGCUUCACUGUGCUUUACUGUGACGUUUGUGUAGUGAGAUCACCAUGCGAUCAUUAUGACAGAUCACUGUUCACGUCGUCUGAAGGAUAUCGCCUUUUGUCGAACAAUCUCUUCUAGACGACUCCAAAAGGUGGUUUCAACUUUGCGCAAUCAUGAGAGUGGACUGAUUUUCCGAGCCAAAAGUGCCUCGUAAACGAGAAAACAGUUAAAUAUCAAUAUUUCGAUCAAGUGUCAUAUAAGCAGUAACCAUGAAGAAACAAUUUUUUCGAGUAAAACAACUAGCCGAUCAGACUUUUUCCAGAGCUGGAAAAACUGAGGUAUUAACCGAUGAUUUGCAAGCAGCGGACAAACAUGUGGAACAAAUCAGAGGAGCUCUUAAUGGACUAAGUAAACGAUUUGGAAAUUUACCAAACCAAGCAGUGGCUCAAGAUUGUGUUUAUAAAGAAAAACGUCUGAAAAAAUGUCCAGAAUGGGUGCUAGGACAAACAAUGCUAGAGGGUACUGGCGACGAGACUCUUCUCAGUUUUGUAAUGUCGGAAUGUGGACGGGCGCAAGUUGCAUUAGCCACUGAAACUGUUGAACAUGAAUCUAAAGUGGAGCAAUAUGUUGCCGCUCCGCUUUUGCGCAUUUUGGAAACAGAUGUGCCAAAUAUUUUAAAAUUUAAAAGAAAUUUACAGCGUUUGACUUUGGAUAUGGAUAGUGCUAGGACGCGAUAUCAUCAAGCAAGUAAACAUAAUGCCAGUGGAACGGGAGCAACGAAAGUUGAUAGCCUAAAAGAUGAAUUGGAGGAAGCUGAGGCAAAAGUUGAACAAUGUCGAGAUCACCUUGCAGCUGAAAUGUUUCAGUUGAUGUCUAGAGAAACUGAACUUGCCCAAAUUAUCAUUCAAUACGUAAAAUUACAACGUGCAUAUCACGAAAGUAUGUUGCACUGUUUGGAAGAUCUUAUUCCAGGUCUUGAGUGUUACAUUAAUAACAACGAAAUGAAACCCGUUUAUGGUUAUUCCUUAGAGGAACAUUUGCGAGUUACAAAUAGAAAAAUAGCGUUGCCUAUUCAACUUUGCGUCUCGGCGUUGCUAAGGCUGGGAAUGGAAGAAGAAGGGCUUUUUCGAAUAGCAGGUGGAGCAUCGAAACUUCGACGAAUUAAACUCAGUUUAGAUGCUUGUUGUCUUAACUUGCCAACUGCUCUCGAGUACAAGGAUCCACAUGUGAUCGCUGGAGCUCUAAAAUCUUACCUAAGAGAGUUACCUGUACCUUUACUUACCUUCGAUUUGUAUCCCGAAUGGAUGGCAGCUGCUAAAGUUGUUCAAAACGAAGCAAGGCUGAAAGCUCUCUGGGAGGUGCUACAUAAGUUACCGCCGGCAAAUUUAGAAAAUUUAAGGUUCCUAAUAAAAUUUUUAGCGAUGCUGACCAAAAAUCAAGAUAUUAAUAAAAUGACUCCUCACAAUAUUGCCAUUGUCAUAGCUCCAAAUCUUAUCUGGAGUCCUCCUGAGGAUUUAAAUCCCAUGGCAAUGGAGAUGAGUACAGCUAACAAUUCUAGUCUUAUAGUAGAUCAGCUGGUGACGUAUGCCGAUUGGUUUUUCCCUGGCGAAAUAGAUUUUGAUCGCGAUUUAGAUGUAGGAAUUGUAAAUGGUUCAGAGAAUCAAGUUGUUGGUAUGAGACGUUGUAUGUCGAAUAGCAGUCUCAGUGAUUUGGGAGAAAGUCCACCGCAAGGAAGUCCAAAGCCCGCGACUCGUCGAAAAAAUAAACCGGCACCAAUUCCACCACCACCAUCUUCCACACCAGAUAAACACGAGAGAAAACCUGACGAUAAACCACCACCUGCACCCGAUAAACCUCCAAGACCACUCGCAACAGCAACAUUAAAUCGUGUGACUUACAAAGCACAAAAACACGAAGUGAACGCCGAAUUGAUAAAUCCAUCCAUUAGAAAUGCGGAAAAAAUUGAGAAAAAUUCCGAGCGCAAUGUUAAUAAAUCCAUAAACUGUGAUGUAUCGACAAAACCUGUUGUUGCUAAUCAAACGGAAAAUAUCGUCGAAUCGCGUAAGGAACAACAACAACAGGAAACAAUAAUUGCAAAAUCGAAUUUUAAUCAGACUGAGCAGAAAAAUACUGAAGAAUUGAAAAGUGUUCUGCCCAUAGGUUUUGAGGGUCUCGUUAAAUCAGAACUUGAUGUCAAUAACAAAGCUAAUGUUGAGUCUGAAAAUUUAGAUAAUAAUUCACCGAAAGUGAAAUCGAUGCCUAGUGAAAAAACUUGUCCAACAACUCAAGAAAGGCGGCCCAUUCCUGUAGCAGCGCCGAGAAGCAUUACAAAUAUAUCGUUACAAAUUACAGAUGAUACUGUGGAACUGAGAAGAAAACCUGAGAUUUCAACAGGAUCGGAGAAAAAUCACAAACCUGCCAUUCCAGAAAGACCAGCUGGUUUAGCACGACCUUCAAGUCUCAUAAGGCCACAACCACGUCACAGCAAUGAAAAUUUGGAUAACGAAUCAGGGCUGCUCACCUUGGAACGAGCGCACAUGUAUUCGGUGGAUAAACAACAGGUCAGUAUAAUUCAAGUGCGUGGCAACAACAAUGCAUUUCAUACGGGCCAAAGCAAUGGAAAUACGGGUUCCAACUUGCAGAGAAGUCCCAGUGUCGGUAGCCGACCAUCGUCCAUGUCUCUGUCAUGCGAUCGUCCGGAAAAACCACCACGACCCGAUGUCCCGGAACCAACCAAGGCACACACGAGAACGAGAUCUGAGGGUAACAUCAUUGAUGUUCAAACACAGACUGAUACGAUUAUUGUCUCUAAAUCGCAACAACAACCCUCGCCAGCUUCCCCAAGGUUUCUACAACGACCGCCAAGACCUCAACCUCCACCACCUCCACCUCCAACUGCUCGGGCCAAAUCUGAGCAGGAAAGUACCAAUUUGUAGAAUAUUCAUACAUUGCUAGUAAUUUUAGAUUUUUUAAAAUACUUGUUUUUUAUACCAAGCAAGUCAACCCACAGAGAAAACGUUAAGAAGCAAUUGCGCAAACUUUUGUUUUCAAUUUUGCGAUUAUUUCUUACAACUUCUACUUUUUCUAUUGUUCUGAUUAGUGAAUUCAAAUUUUUUCAUCAUUAUUUAAAAUUUUCAAACAUGGAAAUUAGAAUUAAUGACAAUUUGAAAACUUUAUCUUUAGCAAUAAAAAAAAAUAGUAAAAUAGCACAAAAUAAUUUUAAAGAGUACAAAAUAGUUAAAAAAAAUAAAAUCAUUUUAUCUACAAAAUAUUUAUACAAUGAAAAUAACAAUAAAUUUGAAUUUAAUCGAAACAAUAGAUAAAUUAGAAUUAUGAUAGGUAAUCAUAUGCACCAUAAUUUUUCAUUAUUUCAACUCUUGUUUAUCUAGAGUUGAAAAUAAAAAAAAAAUACUGGAGUUAAUGCGCUUAACCUUCGAGCCUUUAUCUUACCCAUUUAUAACCGUUUAACAAUUAGACUGUGAUGUGACAAUGGCAGAAGGAAAAAUUCAAAAGCAAAAACAUACGAAUUGCAAUUUUUAAUUUUGGUUUUCUUUCUGUUUUGCCAUUGUUAGAACUUUUUUUUCUUUAAUGAGAUGAUUUUUCAUAGUAUUCUGUAUCCUUUUUUUUUUACUAUUUAGAACUGAAUAGAUGUGAAAAUAUGUUUUUGUGAUUUAGAAAGAUUUUUAGUUUCAAAAUGAGUAUUUUUUCAUUUCUUAUAUUUAAAAAAAGAAUAAAGAUAAGAAAGGCUCAAUACAAGUUAGGAAUACCCUAAAAUGUUGAUUUAUUAAUAAGAUGUAAUGGAAAAUCUUUUUGCUAAGAAUCAUAAAAUGCCUAAAAUCUAAAAUAAUAUUUUUUAAAUACAAAUAUUUUGAUUUAAAAAUUUCUUGUUUGAUAUUAAAUAUAAUUUGAUUUUUUUGUUUUGUUUUUUUUUAAUGUCGCGUUGGGAAUGUAUAGCAAAAAUUGCUUCUUUACAGUAAUUUGUAAUCAAAUGAAAUUCAUAGGAUUACAGUGUAGUUUUUAAAAAACUUUUUCAAUGCCAAGUAUUUUUCUAGCGUCGCAGUUUUUCAAUAUAGUAAAAUUAAGCAACUAGAUACAGACGAAGGAUAUUUUUAUCUUAUUAAUAUUUUCAAACGUGUUUUUAUAAAGCGCACAACAUUUCCAUGUGCUCAUAAGAUGUUUAAUAUUUUCAACGAAAGUCUUGUAGAGAUAAACAAUAGGAGAUUGACAUUUUGUUUUAAAUCUGUUAAUUAAUUACUCCGAAUUGAAAAUACAAAACUAUUAGUCAGAUUAAUUAACAGAUCGACAAUUUUUUUUUUUCAUAAGAUUGUAGUUUUUAUGAGAAAAAAAGCGAGUCAAUUAGGUUUUUACGAAAUCUUAUUUGUAAAUACUUAUCAUUUUAACCAACAUAUUAAUAUAAAAAAACAACUUAUACCGCGAUUACAUAUUAUAAAAAAAUUUUCAUAGGACCCCGUAAUGUUAUAAGUUUUGUUUAUCAAUUGUAAUAUUUGUAUCUACAGGGAUAUAUUUUGAGCGAAAGAGAGUGAGUGAGUGAGAGAAAGAAAAAAAGAAAAAUGAUAGGAAAUAUUAGUUGUAAUUGUUUUUAAACAUGUCACUUAUAAAGUAGACGUUUUUUUUUGUUAAAAUCUCUCAUUUCACAAAGAGGCAUUAUUAACUUUUUACGUUUUCAAAACUAUAAACUAAGGUUUUUAUUAUUUUACAACUAAAUACAAAUUUUUAAUUGUUAUAAAUUAAUCAUUAGUAUUAAUAUAGGCAGCUUAUGUGUUUAUUCAAGUUAAAAAAUUUUGUUACAAUUAUUAGAUAUCUUUUAUUGGCGUCUUUUUUGCUUAGUAUUCAAAAAAUGAAAAAAAUCUAUGAGUAUUAUUUGGAACAUGGAAAAAAUAGGGGAAAUUUAAGACUAAGAAAAUCCAAAAAUGGUGAUAAGGCCGUUAAACGGUAUAAUAAUAUAAAUUAUAUUCGGAACUCAGAAAAAUUCAGAUAAGAGUUUUAGAAAAAAAAAUAUUAAACAAAUUUUUGAUCUUGUUAUUAAAUCGUUUUUACUAAGGAACCUUAUAAUUAAAAAUAAUGCAUAUAGGUUGAUGAAAACUAAAAAAUUAUUUUUGGCAUAUCUAGAAUUAAAUUUUUAAAAAAGUUAAAAAGAAUUUAAUUGUAAAAUAGAAAAGUUUAAAAUACUUUUUCUUGUGUGACUGUUUAAAAAAAAGAAGAAUUAUUUUAGGUGAAUUUGGCAACAAAUAUUUUUAUUUUAUCAAGGCACUUUAAAAUUAUUUACAUAUUUAUUCUUAAUUUUUUUUUAACUUGUCCGCAAUACAUUUUUAUCGAUUAAGAAUAAUUCAAAAUAAUUUUUUCAUUAGAAUUAUUUUUGCCAAUUUGCUUUUCGUCCUUGCCAGACUUUUAAAAAUGUAUAGUAAAUUUAAGAAACAAGCCAUGAUAUCAACACAUUACUUUGUUAACAAAAAGUAUAUUACAUUUUUUUGGAAAUAUUCGCCAACCCCGUUGCCUUUAUAUAGUAAUUAGAAACAAUCGUUUUUAAAUUAAAAAAAAUUAAGACAAUCAUAAAAAAAUUUCGAUUUUAUAUAAAAAUUCCAACAUUCUCUUAAUUAACUUUUUCAUGUUAGUUUUGAAUUUUUUUAAGUCAGUUAAGUUUUUCAAGUUCUCUUGAAAACUCAAAGUCUUUCCCUAAAAUUACAAAUAUAAAUAUAGUAUACCAUUUAAUUGCAAUAGAAUAUUAAAACUAAAAAAGAAAUAAUUCAUUAGCAAUAUUUGAGUUUUAGAAAAAAUUCAAGUUUUUUCUAGAUAAAUGAAUCGAAAUAUUAUUUUGAAUGCUGUAUGUUUUUAUCUCAUUCCAAUAAAAUUAAUAUGUUCAUCAACAUAAAAAUAAAACUCAAAGACAAUGUACCCGUCAGUAAUUUUUAUGACAGGUAAUUCUUUAAUAUAUCACUCAUAAAAAUUUUAUAUCUACCAUAAACGCACUAUUUCGCGUUGCCUUUUAUAUAUUAAAAAAAAGUAAAGAUUUGCCGUCUCCAAACAUUAAACCUCAAUAACUGCUAACUGAGCAUGCAUUUACCUAAGGAAAGCUUAGGCUGUGAGUACAGUGGAGUAUUAAAACAUGUAUUUGUAUAUAAAUAAAAUGUUUUAUGACAAUGA